AUGUCUUUCUUUCGGGGCUCUUCUCCUUCAUCCGCUCCUUCUGGAAACAUCAAUCCAGAUAAGGUUGAACUUGCAACGGCAGAGCUGGAUAUGAUUACCGACAUGUACAAUCGUCUACUCUCGAUGUGCUACACCAAAUGCAUUGGUCAACGUUUCACCGACGGAGAACUCAACAAGGGCGAAAGCGUCUGCGUUGACCGAUGUGUUGCGAAGUUUUUCGAGGUGAACAAGAAGGUUGGCGAGAAGAUGCAACAAGCGGGAGCCAAUGCACAGGCAGGCAAUGCGGGCAGCUCAUUUACGUCGCUAUGA